AUGAGUGACUGGAUAAACCACGAAAAUACCAACCAUCGCAUAAACGGUCUCAACGAGGAUGGAACCCAGAUGCCACACACCGAGCAUGAUGCCUCUCGGAAUUGUCCCUUCUGCCUUGUGCCUGCUGCUAGCCCAAUGCACGUUGCAUCCCAUCUUCACAGGGUCGCCUCAUUCGCACUCCCACGAUCUGGCGGUGAUGAAGACAUGCCAGACGGCAGUAAGCAAUCUGAUCAAGCUGAAGUGAGGACCCGAGAAUCCCAGCUAUCUGAAGUUACGUUGAGCAAUGGGACUGGGAGUGAAUCUGGAAAUGAUCUAUCGAGAAGCGACGCCGAACACGUCUCCUCAUUCUCCUUUAAAGAUCUCAGGAAAAUCGGCACAGGCAAUGACACUGAGCUGUCGAAUGUACACAGCUUUCUGGGCGCCUUAGAUGCUGGCUCCUCAUUUGACUCUGCCAUUUUUCAUACAAUUCCCGACGACGGCAGUCAAUCAAAGGGACAGAGUGGCGAGGCUACGGCCAGCGAUGUUCCCAAAGAAGCGUCAGAUGGAAAUGCAGAGCCUCCUAUCGACGACAACAGGACAGGGAAAGAUAAAGGUCCGGGGGAAAUCCCAGCACCAUACGACGCAACCGACGAUGCCCUGGCCCUGCGUGAUGCUUUGGGUCAGGCAGAUGUCAACACUAAAACCUUGAUCCAAGUCCUCCCCCAUCGGACACACGCUGAGAUAUUGGAACUCCGAAAAAGGUAUAAGGAUUAUGUUAAAGUGCAUGGUAAGGGGGUUAACAUAGCUAAACAUAUUAAUAUUAAGCUGAACAAUAGCACCCUUGCGAAGGCCUGCUAUGCUACUGCCGUUGGCCGCUGGGAAUCUGAGUCCUACUGGGCAAGCCAUUACUGCACCAAUUCGUCAUACCACCGUCUCCUCAUAGAGUCCCUCUUCGGCCGCAGUAACAGUGAGAUACGUUAUAUCAAGGAGUCAUUCAAAGGCCGACGGUAUGAUAGUUAUGCUAGUCUGGAGAAGUGCAUGAAGGGUGAGUUAAAGGCUGGGAAAUUCCGUACAGCGGUCCUUCUCGCUUUAAAGGAGGGUAGACAGAGUGAGAAUGACCCUAUUGACCCGGAGCUUGUCACCAGCGAUGUACAGGGUCUCCGUUCAGCUCUACGCAAGGGCGAUGGAGAUGCGAUGGCCAUGAUUCAUAUUAUUGUGCGCCGAAGCGACUCGCAUCUGCGAGAGGUUCUGCGUGCCUACAAAAGGCUGUAUGAGCAGAACUUUCCGCUUGAAAUAGUUCGUAAAUUCCAGAAUGUGGUUGGUGAACUCCUUGCACAUAUCCUCAAUGGUGCAAUCAACCGGCCUAUGCGUGACGCCUUGCUUCUUCACGAGGCACUUUGGGACUCCCCAUCCGAUAACGAGUGGUCAAUACUACUGAUUUCCCGUUUGGUGCGUCUCCAUUGGGAGCCUCAACAUCUCGUUAAGGUAAAGGCUCAGUACUAUCGUCGGUAUGACCACCCGCUGGAGGAUGCUAUUGCCGGGGAAAUCCUGCCGAGUAGUGUUGGGAGUGAGUGGGGAGAGUUCUGUAUCCAGUUGCUCAGAAGCUCGGAGAUGCACGCAGUGAAGGCUUGA